AUGGAUGAGGAGAAAAGUAUCUCUGAGAGAGAAAAGGCACUUCAAGAGAAGAUUGCUCGGUUGGAGAAGAAACUAGAGGGAUGUCAGGCUCAGAUAGGUUAGUAACACGUAUGUGUUUACAUUUACAAACGGCGAGAUGUACCGCAUCGACAAACCCCAUAUCUAGAUUGCUUUACCUCUACCUUCACAUGUAGUGGAAAUAGGAAGGAAAUCCUGCUAACGAAAACCCAAGUACUUCAAUUCGUCCUUUUGUUGUCACUUGUGAAACCAAAAUAAAAAAAUAAAAAUUUAUUUUUGCAGUUUCGCUUGUUUGAUCAUUCUUAUGUUUUGUUUUGUUCUCCUUGUGGAACUGAACCUCGAUUUCGCUGGAAAAUUGAGCAAUAUGGCUUCUCGUUUUUCUGCAGAUAUUAUUGAUGAUCAACGCCAGCAACUGGAAGAAAGGGCAAUCAAAAUGGAGUCUGUUUUGGUAAACACAACCGAAGAGCUUUCGGAUGCGAGAAAACAGGUGAGUUACUUCCUCUCUAUAAUUCACAUUGGGACUCCAUUGGUAUGAUUUCCACUUGUGCAUCCUCGGGUUUUCUUCUCUUCCGCUGAUAUCCGCCUAAAAAAUGAUCUACGCUAAAAAUCGAUCUCUUAUUAACUUCCAUUUGUAGAUGAUAGAGAAAGAAAUGUCAAGUAAUCACCUGGCACAGAAACUUGAGUCCAUGACACAGCAGAUAGAGGAGUAUAAGGUGUGCUUGAGGAUCAACUUUGUUGGUUACAAUAUCAAUUAAAACGUGUUGUUCUGAUCGUUGUGAAUCGUUGUGAAUAUACUGCCUUACUGUUUGAAUCUUUACUUUAGUAAUGCAAGCUUCUACCAACUUGGCUCAUUUAAGACAGACAUUUUUUUAAUCCAAAAUGUCGACAAAAAACAAAGGUAAUUCACAACUCUGUAAAUGUUCAUUUUUCACAAGAAAUUUCCUCUAUUAAGUAACAGUAGAUGAACUCCACCGAGGUCCAAACUCCAUAUCACCAUUGCAUUUGUUAUCGUCACGGAUGCCAGGACUUCGAAAAGCAGGAAGAAGGAAAGCAUGAUUAGAAUGCCGCCAGCUACUACUCAGAAAAUCUUUGAUUCAUGAUUUUGAGCGAAUGUGCUCAGUCGCAAAUCCCGCCACGUUUCCUUUUUUUUCACAGAGCCUUCUCUACAAAGAGAGGGAAAUAACUAAGUACAGCAUGGGAAGACUGGAAACGAUCCUUUCCAGAGUGGAGGUUGAAAUGGCUUCGCGGAAAGAAUUUCAAGGCUUCCUAAACGUAAAAUAACUUUUAUUGAAAUUACAAAACAUUUUGUCUUUUCCACUUAAUAUUUAUGAAUGUUUCCUAUCGUUUUACACCUCCAAGCAGUAAUACAUACGAAUAUUUGACAACUCUAUACCCUAAGGAGACUCUGCACCUUUCUAAAGCAUGUACUGUAAAACAUUUUCUAUCUUUCACGAUGAAAGAUGUAGAUUAUUAAUUUGAUCGCUUUAUACAGGUCCCAGGCACUUAAAAUCAUGCUCUAUCAUGGUUAUCAUAAAGUAACUAUCCAAGUCAAGCACAAAGACAUAUACCUAUCCUUUAAAGACAAAUUCUCAUCGAAAAGAACCUUUCUCAUUCUCAUUGCAUUACGUAAAUGGGGAAACUUUGAAAUUAUUGUAGAAAGUAGUCCGGCAUUGCUUUGGAGUUUCCGGUUACUUCCAGUCCUACUGUGAUUGGUCCAGAAAACUCGCGCAAGCCCACCUUCUCGACUAAUCAGAUGCAAACUGAAAACUAAUCACGACUUGAUCACUCGCGUUUUCCGGCGCUUCAAGUAGUUUAUUUGUUUUUAAUUUGUGUUGCCAUUAGCUGCUGAUGAUGUCAACCUUAGUUCCCAUCAUCCGUUGUGGCUACCUUCGUUUUUAGCUCAAUUGAAAACUUCCCUAAUAAGCGUAUUCUUUCCGAUUACCUUUAAAUUGUGUUUCCUUUUUCCCGCAAUCGUAGGAGAUGCUUGUUGCCGUUAAAGAGGAGUUACAGUCUCAGCUAAGGAUUGUCUUCAACAAACUGACAGGAUUAGAAAAUAAACUUCACGAGUCACCUCAAGAAGUGAACCAUUCAAAGUGUCAAGCUAUGCCCAGCUUUGAUCAGGCUCCACAUCCACCAGAUCCAGAAUGCAAACCUCCUGACUCGAAAACCUCACGGAAGAAAUCUAAUUAUGAAAUUGUGACUGUCUUUGAAAAGGUAGUUACAAAUGAGCAAAGAAAAAGAGCCCAACUGCUGGAACUGCCGGAUAACUUCUUUGCAUAUGAGGACUCCUUACCUGAAACCAGCCUUUGUGAACCAGCAACAGUUGAUAGGUGA